UGUUUACGUAAUUAUUUACCUAUCAUAGUAAUAACUACCCCUAAUCCCAAUAUAUGUCACCGUGAGAAUCCGUCUUGAAGAGUUGGGUCUCACUGCCACCGCGGUUUUGGCCUCCAUCAACGAUGAGCUUGUCUCGUGCGUCGCUGCCGUCGCGGAUCGUCAAGACAGCUGCUCGCUAUAGCACAGCACCGGAUGCCACAAAUGCAACCAAUGCCAAACGCGAAGUAAUUCGCCGAAUGCUCUACCCACCUAAUGUGCGGAACCGACCCUCACCGACGGGCUCCUGGCGUCCCAACGUCGGACAUGCUCUCCAGCGCGCUAUUCCCUCUGCACAAGCCCACGAAACGAUAGAGCGUGCUUGGAAGCUCUAUCAACGUCAUCUCCGCAAGAAACGAGAUGCCGAGCUCGAACGCAAGUUCGAGUGUAUGCGCAAGGCAAUGGCGGAACUGGAGGAAAUCGACCCCAUAUUGUUCAGAGAUGCAAAUAAAACGGAGGAUCCAAGGACAAGGAGUCCCGCUGAAAUGGAGGCACUGAAAGACAUCCCCUCUGCCGAGAGAAGAGCGAUCGAGUCGCGCGUAAGGGGAUUGUUCCCUCGAGAGCUGAAGGUGCCCGCCGACACGCCAUCGUCAGAUGGCUGGCAGCAUGAGUGGAGACAUUUCGACCGUCCUCUACACUAAUUCUGCCCACGGCCAAUUGGACAACCAGCCUGUGUUUUUGUUCCCGGUGGAU